ACACUUUGCUUUACGCAUUUGGAGAGCUCGGGAUCGUGGCGAUGGCAGAUCUGGAUAUAGUCCGCUAAAGGAAUGAAUAUAUAGUUAGGUGUUAAUUAUUGGCCAUAAAAUUAAAUAGAGAGAGCGCUCACGAGUGUCUGGUCUGUGGAGCUUGUGAGUUGGGCUCUACAGGGGCCUAGCUGGGGCCGCCAGACGGGUCGCAGGUUGCGGAUAGCGAACGGCCUCAUACCAGAGGUUAGCUGCGAAUAAGUGCAACUUCCCACAAAUAAGCAGUCCCGGACAGUCAGCGGAUGCGUGGCGGCUAACCAUCGCAUCGGCAAGGCGCUUGUGCUGCCGCCUUCUUAAAAGCAUAGCUGCACACACUUACACGCACUCACACCUGGGCUGGACUAAGGUGUCAGUCGACCCGUGCCGAGAGUCAACCCGGCUGGGGGCCCAGGUUCAACAAAACUAGCCCAGUUUCAAACGGAGAGCUCAGGCAAGUGGCGAUCGCCUGUUCUAUGCAGCCUUGCUCGGGUAUUGCGGAUCUCUGCCCGGGUCGACCUGUCUCUCUCUCCGCAACUCGUGGGAACAAAAUACAAUGAAUUCAAAUCAACAAAACCCAAAACGGGAGUUCGGUCCUCCAAAUCAAAGACCAAGGAAUACAACUGGCUUCGCUAGAGGAGGAAGAGGAGCUGGAUUAAUCAAGGGCAACCGCCCAAAAAAUGUCAAGCAAAUACAGCCACAGUCCGGCACAUUCGGCGAAACACCAACGCCACUGGUAAGCAGAAGACCUGCACAUUUUUUCAGACCCGAUCCAGCAAAAGCUACUAAACUUGAUAAAGCCAAAGCCACUCGCAUAUUAAAACGCAAUGCUUACGCACCGAUUACUGAAGAUCAGGCUUCGUCGAGGCAGGACUAUUUUAAAAUUCAAGAGGAUAUCGCUUGGGCAAGAGCUGUGUUGCCAAAUUUUGAAGUUGGCUCUGUAAGCCCUAAUCAGCCUGUGGAUGCUGAGCCCAUACUGGAGACAUUGAUUGUUGAAGUUAGGAAUAAGGCAACAACGCGAGAGCAUGGAGAGCUCGGAAGAACUGAUGUAGCGUCUGCAGGCCAUGUAAGCCCCUAUCAUUCUGACGACUCUUCCGCGGCAAAGCGCACCAGAUCUAGUGAGAGCCCCUUAAGAUCUUUUGCAGCAAUGGCGAGAGGACGACAGAUAAUUGGUGUCAUUGAUAGCAGCCAGCCGGAUGGCAAAAUUCCUCGAAAUCAAUGGUGCUGGAUACAGGCCGCUAUGGCAGCCGUUGCCCUAGAGGUAUUGCGAGAUGACCCAGGACCGCCGCCCUCAUGCAUGGACAUCGGAUGGUUUCAAGGGACUACCAAGCUGAUAGCCUGCGACAAUGAGCGAUCUGUCCUGCUUUACAGAGCUGCGAUUGCCAAGAUUGGCGAAGUAUACCCAGGAGCUCAGUUAGAAGUGAUUGAUGUGCAGGACAUACCAUCGCGUCCUUGGGCUACAGCUUGGCUACCGGAAACGCCAUCCGAGUCCAAUGACAUUCUCGAAUUGCUAACAAGAUUCAACCCGAACUUGCCGACAAACGACUGGAAGGUUAUUAAAGCGAUCAGGUUCAGGGAGGCUGCCAUGGAGGUGAUAUUUCAGAUCAAUCAAGAGGCAAUCCUUUACCUAACAAGGUGCGAUGGUCUAUUAAGCUAUGGCUUCAAUAAGAUCCACAUGAAAUACUACGCAACGCCAUACGAAGCGCUCUCAGACCUAGAAGCAUUUGCAGCGGCUGUCGAUCCACCCAGUGAUGAUGAAAAGGAAGCCACCGACGGGGCUUUAAGCGAGGAACUAUCCUCGGAGUCCGAGUGUGAAGGCAGUCGCCACAGCCUUCAAUAGGCACUUAAUUUAGAAAAUUUGUAAGUAGGGGCCCUCGAGUCGUGUUGACAAUCCGUCGAGCUUUGUUUUAGAAAUUGCAUCGCCUGUCAUCGGAAUAUUAUAUAAUUUGACUGGAGCUCGGAAGGCAAGACUGUGACUACGGGUACGGUUACGGCUGACAUGGUUCACUGCGACAACUGAUGGGCGUCCCAUGGCGUCUGUUAUGGCUAAAAAAUUGUUCAAGCACACGCAAGUGGACGAGUUAUUAUAAUUAGAUUAUACAUUUGAAACGUUAAGGAAAAGCUGUUUAGGCGUUCGAGUUCAAUAAUUCAAGUGCGAGCUGCAUUUUUAAAGAAAGCUAAAGCUGUUUAAGUAAUAAGCGCACUUCUCUUACACAAGUUGCGAUAUUUCUAAAAACAACUUCACUUUUUGGGAAAGAAUAUUAAAUGAUCAAAAUAUAAGACAUUACCUUUUCUAUCCUUGAUCUUUGACAACAUUUUCGAUGUUUCGCUUUGUAAUCGAUCUAAAUAGGUGAGAAUGAAAUAUAUUCAUGUAUUGUGACCAAGAUUUUUCUUAGUCGUCAGCUACCAACGUAACACAUUCUUUUGAUGGCAUAUUUUCAUGUUAUUCAAUUUCAUUUUACAGUUUUGCAUUCAUUCAUAAUGUCGAGACCUUCAAUUUUCAUAUCGACCCUCCCAUUGCCGGCGACCUAAUGAUAAUAGCGAGCCAACUCUUAACCUGUGAUCACAGUUAUAUAAUGCUGAAACAGUAUUAAAGCAGAAGCCACAUUUUAUAGCGGAAAUUAAAUAACCAGCGAAUUCAUAUAAUUUUUGACACAAAUAAAGUAUUCACAUGUUUUCGAUUUACAUUUGUA